AUGGCUACUCUUCGAGCAGACAGACAUGCAUCCAUUGAAACUAUGACUGCCCUGAGCUCGCCCGCAACUGUCAUUCAAUGCACAUCUGAAAUCGCUUUCCAAUCCACGGAUUGGAUAAUCUCUUGCGCAACCCACGAAACGAAACAGAAGGUCUAUGGAGGCCCUCAUAUACUUGAUACCGUUGAUGUUAAGGCGUUACUUCCCGUCAAUCUGGCCGGUAAACUUCCCGUUCACGCUGAACCCCUGACUUACAAGGCCUCUACAUGCUCUGAAAGUCCGAUCGCAUCCUCCCCUCCGUCGGAAAUAGAUGAUAUUGAUACUUCGUUAUCAUCAUCAUGUUCAUCGCAAGCGCCAGUUACAAACCUAAAAUCAAUUCUAAAAAAACCCACAGAACCACAAAGUCCACAUGGCUUGGAACUAAUGGAUUUCAACUUGGAAGACAGCAUGGGGUAUGAUGCUGAUUCUGAUAUGGACGAGGACGAGUAUGAGGACGAUGCUAGUGGAGAUUCUGAAACAGGAACCUAUGACUCAAACUGGUCUGAUGAAUACGAUGAGUGUGAAUAUUCGGACCAAGAAGGUUCCUUCGUUUGUUUCGUCAAUUCCGUUCACUUUAGCGCCCAGGACGAUAUCUGCAUCAUUCCCAGCAGGGAUGAAAUUGGGGACGACCGUGCAGAAAGUGAAAUGACGUUUCACGAACAAGCCCUUCGUAUGCAAAGCUCUAAACGCGUAUCGUUCGAACCAUACAGCGUCAACAAAAAAGACUAUGACCCUGAUGAACAUAGCCAUGACGUUAUCGAUCUUGACAAACAACUUUUCAUGGCCUAUGUCAAUGGUAUUCGUAACAUGAAUGCGGAGGACUAUCAGCCUGUUGUCCUUUCGCGCACACUGAAUGCUACUCCGUGUGACAUUGCGGUUUUGCCAGUCACGGAACAUCAAGUAAAUGCAUACCUUGACCGCGUCGUCGAAUCACUUCUCGGGUUCUUCCCAUAUCUAUUUGAAAAAGAUGAGUAUAACCGCUUACUGGAUAUCGCCGAGGUUGUUACUUCCUUCGAUGAUCACAACAACGUCCUUUAUGAACCAGAUUCUGGCCUGUUCCAGCAAGCAAUCACGCGCCAAUUAGCGAGAAAACUGACUGAUACCGCCGUGAUAAUCGAUAACAAUAUUCUCGACUGGGUUGCUGGAGAACUCAUCGAGCCCCUCGGUCGCCGCGCGUCAUUCCGUUGGGGGUAG